UCCUCCUCCUCCUCCUCCUCUUCUACCUCCGCCUCGUCGUUAGCGGGCUGCGGGAAGUCACUCCGUCGCUGCGCGCGCGCUCGGGGAAUGGUGGUCGGCGGGUGAAGCUUCUCUCCGCACGGGAGACAUGGAGGACUCGGACAGCGCCGCGGAUGACGGACUGCUGGCCACCUGGCGCUGGAGCCGCAACGCGCGCGAGCAGGUUCAGCUGAAGCAGAAGAUCAGAGACCUGCCCGGUUUACUGAAGCACGGCUUACAUUUGAGGAAGAAGAGCCAGUCACCUGACACCGUCCCUGGACCAAGCACUGACGUCCACACCAAGUCCAAGCAGUCAUGCUCUCAGAGUUUUCCUUGCGCAGGCCGCGCACUGAGAAACGCAUUUCUGUCCCAUGGCCCGUAUCCAGCCAAAGACAAGAUCCACUUGGCACGGAUCAUCAGGAGGAGUUAUGUCGGUGUGGAGCUGGUGCAGUGGCUGCUGGAGCAGUGUGUAUUUGUCCAGUGCAGGAUGAUGGCAGCUCGGGUUUGGCAGGUGCUGCUGGAGCUCGGCAUUCUGCACUCAGUGGACCAGCGAGUGGUGUUCGAAGACUCCAACACGUACUACCAGUUCUCGUUUGAGGAGUGUGACGCGCAGGGCUGCGAGUUUCGCUCAGAGGAAGAGUGGCAGAACGGAGUCAGGCUGCUCAUGCAGCUCGUCCCCUACGUCCAGUUCAGGGUAGUCAGUCCUCCCGAAGAGGAUCCCGAAGGAAAACGGGAUAUCUGUGGAGAAAUUCUGCAGAUGAAAGCUUUGGAAAGGCUAACAUCCACGGUACAAAAUGAACUCGCUGCUGCACUGGCAAGGAAAGCGCGGAAAUCAAUGUCUGAGGACGACAGUUCGGAAGCAGGAGAAAGUUCCCCACAAGAACCACAGAAGCCAAUUGAAGACAACACCAAGCAGGGUGGUGUGUGUGCGCUGAGGUCCCCGGACGAGUUUUCUCGCCUGGAGAUGGUGCAGAGGCUGGCUAAGGAUGGCUGCCGCUUCCUCCAGAACCAGAACUACAGACUACCUGAGCGCUCCGCACAGGCACAGGGUGAGGGAGCGGUGCGGGUGUGUCUGAAGGAGAGGGGUCAGGAUGUGCUGGUGCUCCAGAGAGUGGCGUCUGAUCGAGCAUCGCCUCAAACAGCGGGAGGCGUCAAAGAGGACGACGGCGAUAGGAGGUAUGUGGUGGUGUCCGGGACGCCCCAUAAGAUCCUGGAGCACCUGCUGAGUGACCUGAGGCUGGACGAACACCAGGGGGCGACGGAAGGCAAAGAAGCCGAGAUGCUGCUGGAUGAUUUUUUGCUCACCUAUCUCGUCUUCAUGUCCACCAACGAUCUCUGCCAGGCACUGCUCGGCCAUUACUGCACUAAGCGCUGCCGUGGGAAGGAGGAAGGAAAGGAGGCCCUCUACAGGAAGAGGAAGGUCCUGCACCUCGUCUCCCAGUGGAGCUCUCUGUAUAAAGACUUCCUGCGGGAGGAGGAGCACGUCAAACUCUUCAUGAAGACGCUGUACCGCUACGUGCUGGAGGACGUCUAUGAGUUCCCCACGCUGGAGAAGGACCUAAAGGAGUUCCAGAAACUUUUGCGCCGCAGACACACUGUGGAUGAUUAUUCACCCCACCAAAAGAACAAAGCUCUUUUCCAGCAGCUGAGUCUGAGGGAGAACGGCAUCCAGCUCCGCGGAGCACACAGUGAUCACCGAGAAGUAAUGUGUCAUGUGUACGUGAGCUCUGACUCCUAUUUGAGUGUGAGAGUGAGGACGACAGUAGUGGCUCAGGAGCUCCUGCAUGUUGUGGCUCAGAGGAUGGAGAAACCUGUAGAGGACAUGGUGCUGGUGGCCCAGACCUACAGCGGAGAGAAACGUGUCCUUCAGCCUCAUGACUGCAUUUUCUCCGAGUCUCUGGCUCUUCCCGGGAGACUGAUGUCCUGCUGGAGAGACCUGAAUGAGAUUCUGCCUCCUCUAACAGACUGCGUGGAAUUGGCACAGCGGCCGUCACGUCUCCUCGGAAUCAACACGUGGGACGUGUCUGUGGCUCUCACUAACUUCGACUGGAGCCUCUUCAACUCCGUACACGAGCAAGAGCUGGUGUACUACACGUUCAGUCGGCAGGCGAGCAGUGGCCACACGGUGGCGCUGGAGCAGCUCCUGCAGCGCUGUAACGAGGUUCAGCAGUGGGUCAUGUCCGAGGUCCUGCUGUGUCCUUCACUCGGAAAACGAGUCCAGCUGCUCAAGAAGUUCAUCAAGAUCGCUGCACACUGUAAAGCACAGAGGAAUUUGAACUCCUCCUUUGCCAUCAUUAUGGGCCUCAACACAGCAGCAGUGAGUCGACUCAAUCAGACCUGGGAGAAAGUUCCUGGAAAAUUCAAGAAGCUUUUCUCCGAGCUCGAGUUAUUAACUGACCCGUCUCUCAACCACAAGGCCUACAGAGACACCUUCAGGAAGAUGAAGCCGCCCAAAAUCCCCUUCAUGCCUCUGCUGCUUAAAGACAUCACUUUCAUUCACGAGGGAAACAAAACAUUUCAUGAUAACCUCGUCAACUUCGAGAAGCUGCACAUGAUUGCAGACACCGUCCGUCACAUACGCCACUGUCAGACUGAACAAACCGGAAGCGAAGUUGCCCAGAGCGACAACGCGGACGUGAGAUCCAGCGUGCACUACCUUCACAUUAUUGACAAUCAGCAGACUCUGUUUGAGCUGUCGCACAGACUGGAGCCCAGGGCGUAACACCGCGUCCUGCUGGAUGUUCACGAGAAACGCGGCAGCAUCUUCGUACUCACGCGUGCGCUAAGUCUUUCUUUUGUCUUCGUAAACAGAUUCUCACAAAGGGAGAAUUCACGUCAAAUUCCUCAGCGCUGACUGAACAAACCGUCUCGUUUUGGUGGCAUGCGUUCGUUUGUCCACUAGAUGGAGAGGUUGAGCCUCUUCAUGAAUAAAUACCAAUAGGAGUGAGAUUAGGAUCCUGUGGUGUUUAUAAUGCCUCCGUAUAUUGUCUCCUCCGAGUCGAUAUGUGGACGAGCCAAAUGACACAACGUCAGACGUAUGAAGAUUUUUGAAGUUGCUACUUUUUCAAUGUUGUUCUACAGCACAUCUGGUUUCCUGGAGCUCCACACCGGAGUGUACUGUGCUAUUAUUUUAUGUAUGUGUCAACUAUAUUACAGUUGAGAAGUAAUAUCGGGAUACGACCCAGGUGUUUGAGUCAUCACGUGAGUUUUCAGGGACGUGCCUGAGAUCCAGGCCUCGAUGCUGGGCGAUAAAGCAGGACAGAGAUGAGCAUGUGCUACGUCUGGACCCAGAGAUGUCAAAUCAAUGCUUAAUACAGACUUUGUAAUUAUAAAUAUCGUCAGUCGUUGUGAUAUUUGUUUGAAUCUUUCCAGCAGAAGUGGUUUUAGGCCUGCUUCUGUAACACAGUAUUAAUAUUGGAAACAUGGUUCUUUUUCUUUCGUGCAAUGCUUCAGACUCCUGAUGCAGUCAUUAACAGAGUGCAGUGUUUGUUUCUCGCUUCACAUGAGCCAUCAGGUGUACUUUUCCUGAUGCCACAUUGGACCAUAUCGAUUUAAGCAGUAGGCUAUUUAAAUUUCAGGGUUUUUUUUGUUUUAGUUCGUUUGUUUGUUCGUUUUUGAAAGUUGCAUGCAUGCACAUAAUGUAAUUGCACUUAUUAUAACUUUGUUUUUACAGUAAUAUUGUAUAAAAGUUUAUAAAUGUACAAGUUUAUCGUGAGGCAUCUGAAUAUGUAAUCGAUUUCUGUGCCAAAUAUUAUUAUGGGAGAGUGAAUUCAUAUUUAACAUAAAAAAUUGUGAAACCUUAGCCUUAUGUGCUAAGAUUUUGAAGAAAAAAAAGUUCAGACGAUGUUCAUUUAUCCUUUGGUUGUAAAGUUUAGUAAAAAGGGUUAGAAAAAAUCCACCUUUUGGUGAAGUCACUUCAUCUCACACUGAAAAAAAGAGAAAAAUCCAACCUUUAAUUGAAAUGAAAUUUAUUCAGAGAAAAACAAAUCCCUCAUUAAGAAAUAUAUCUUCAACAAAAACGUAUGUGCACUAUAUAAAUGACCAGGUAUAAUAUUUUUUCUCAUUUCUUUAACUGGGUUCUCUUUAUCUACUUUUUGGACUUGUGUGAAACUGAUGAUGUUUUAGGUCAUAUUUAUGCAGAAACAGAAAAUCUAAAGGGUUCACAAACUUUCAAUCACCACUGUAUCUUUGUGCAUAUAUAUAUAUAUAUAUAUAUAUAUAUAUAUCAUCUCAUUAUCUGUAGCCGCUUUAUCCUGUUCUACAGGGUCGCAGGCAAGCUGGAGCCUAUCCCAGCUGACUACGGACGAAAGGCGGGGUACACCCUGGACAAGUCGCCAGGUCAUCACAGGGCUGACACAUAGACACAGACAACCAUUCACACUCACAUUCACACCUACGGGCAAUUUAGAGCCACCAGUUAACCUAACCUGCAUGUCUUUGGACUGUGGGGGAAACCGGAGCACCCGGAGGAAACCCACGCGGACACGGGGAGAACAUGCAAACUCUGCACAGAAAGGCCCUCGCCGGCCAUGGGGCUCGAACCCGGACCUUCUUGCUGUGAGGCGACAGCACUAACCACUACACCACCGUGCCGCCCAUAUAUAUAUAUACAUACACACACAUAUAUACAGUAUAUAUAAAAUUUAACAGAUAUUCCACGAAAUCAAAUCGUACAUGAGCUGAUAGCCGACGAGGCACGUAGCACCGACUCGGCUAUAAGCCAUAUAUGACUCAGUUUUGUGGAAUAACUGUUUUAUUCUAUCCACAGUCACUGGAUUUUGAGAAACAGAGCAUUUUUAUUUUUUGCAAAUUCAAUAAAUAAAAACUUUACACAAAAUCUCAUCUCAUCUCAUUAUCUGUAGCCGCUUUAUCCUGUUCUACAGGGUCGUAGGCAGGCUGGAGACUAUCCCAGCUGACUACGGGCGAAAGGCGGGGUACACCCUGGACAAGUCGCCAGGUCAUCACAGGGCUGACACAGAGACACAGACAACCAUUCACACUCACAUUCACACCUACGGUCAAUUUAGAGUCACCAGUUAACCUAACCUGCAUGUCUUUGGACUGUGGGG